GGGCCCGGCUGAGGAGCCAGCAUGGGCAACUGCGUGGGGAGACAGCGCGGAGAAAGGCCGGCCGCCCCGGGACACCCCCGCAAGCGAGCAGGUCGCAAUGAGCCCCUGAAGAAGGAGCGGCUGAAGUGGAAGAGCGACUACCCCAUGACGGAUGGGCAGCUGCGGAGCAAGCGGGAUGAGUUCUGGGACACAGCCCCUGCCUUCGAGGGCCGCAAGGAGAUCUGGGACGCCCUCAAGGCCGCCGCCUAUGCCGCUGAGGCCAACGACCAUGAGCUGGCCCAGGCCAUCCUGGAUGGAGCCAGCAUCACCCUGCCACAUGGCACCCUCUGUGAAUGCUAUGAUGAGCUGGGCAAUCGCUACCAGCUGCCCAUCUAUUGUCUGUCGCCGCCCGUGAACCUGCUGCUGGAGCACACUGAGGAGGAGAGCGUGGAGCCCCCGGAGCCCACACCCAGCGUGCGCCGUGAGUUCCCACUGAAGGUGCGCCUCUCCACGGGCAAGGACGUGAGGCUCAGCGCCAGCCUGCCUGACACAGUGGGGCAGCUCAAGAGGCAGCUGCAUGCCCAGGAGGGCAUUGAGCCGUCCUGGCAGCGAUGGUUCUUCUCUGGGAAGCUGCUCACAGACCGCACACGGCUCCAGGAAACCAAGAUCCAGAAAGAUUUUGUCAUCCAGGUCAUCAUCAACCAGCCCCCACCGCCCCAGGACUGAGGAGCCCACGGACCCCUGGGAAGAGAGGCCAGGGAGGGCCUCUGUGGGGCUAAGAGGCCCCUGGGCUGUAGCACAGGCCCCCCUCACCCUGCUGCUGCCUUUGAGUGCUGAUAUUUUCUUCAGGGGCGCCUCCCCGCUGUAUGGCUGCUGGGCAAGCCACAAAGGGACCCUGCCUCCCAGGGCCACCAUGGGCCACCAGUGCCCGGCACCCAGGAAGCAGUGCUGCCACACAGGCCUUGCCAACCUUGUCAGAGAAAAAGAAAACUGGGGCCCUUCAUCCUGCUUCUCCCACAGCAGGAUUGAGCCAUGAGGGCCAGCCCGGAGGCCCCUGAAGCCCAGAUCUGUCAUCUGGUGCCGCCAGCUGUGCUCACUCCGGUUUUCUGCUCAGGGUCUGAAGCAGCAGCUGUCUCCCUCCCCCGUCCCCACCCCCUGACUGCCCUGGGUACAGUGCCAGUGCCCUGGAGGGGAGGGGACCACUCAUGAGCCCCAGGGGCAGGGAGCCUGAGGCCAGCCUCUGCCUCGCCCUGCCCCUAGCACAAUUGGCAGAGAUGAGGUGGUUGGCUGGACGGCUGGGCUGCUGUGGCAGGGGUCUGCACAGGGCCAUCUCCUGGCUGUAACCCAAGCUGUGGGGUGUCUGCAGCCAGUCGGCCCCACAGUAGGUCCCUGUGUACAGACAUAUCUGCAUAUUUAUCAAUAAAGCCUUUUGCUCCUUCCUU